UUUUAGCUCAGUUGAAAGAAUUAUUGUUAAUAAUAAGGUUUACUGUUUAAAGUUAUUCAAAAUUAUGCUCAGAAAUGUCAAACCCGUUAGUUUAAAUAUAAAAAUUUUAAAUUUCCCGCCAAUUACUGGAGAUCGACAUUUUGAGGAGCUCUUCUGUAUUGGAGAGUACAGAAGUUGAAAUUUGCCACGUCAUCCCUACUGUUCCGGUCUAACCAGAAGCAACCAUAUUCAUCAAAUUUUUCUUUCAACAAUACGAUAUUAUGCCGUCUUGUCAAGCUAUCAAUUGUGUAAAUGAAAGAGGAAAGUGUGGGAAGAGCUUUUUUGAAAUACCAGAUCCGUUAAAAUCUAGCGAGAAACGUAAACUCUGCAAACUUUGGAUAGAUCAUUUGCGCAAUGAUAAACUGAAAAUCGAAACUUUUGUGUGGAGUAAAGGCAGAGUUGUUUGUGAGGAACAUUUUGAACAAGAUUGUUUUGAAAGGAAUCUGAUGGCUGAAUCCCUGGGGUUUAAAUCUGGAAGACUCACACUGAAGCCUGGAGCAGUUCCAACCUUAGUAAAACCUGGCCCUGGUGUAGCUGAUCGCCAAAAGGAAAGGACUUCUACCAAAAUAUUUCAGGAGAAGAGACGGAAGGCACAGCUCAGAAGUAGUGUAACUGCCUUUGUAAACACCAAGGAAAAAAGUUCCAACAAAAGGACAUUGUCAGAAAGUACAGACAGUAAAGCAACAAAACCAAAGAAGUUCAAAAGUUCAACUGCAGUUCAUCCUCAACAGUCAGAUGAUAUUUCAUUUGAGAAUGUUCCUGUUCAUGCUGAACAACAUGAUAAAUUACCUUUAUUGACCAUACCAGAAAUUCUUCCUUGUGGACAUCCAUGUGAAGUAUGCAGAAAAAUUAAAGGAGAUGAAAAUGUAUUGGUUUUUGAUCAUAGCUACUCAAAAUCUAAAGCAGAGGUAGAUACGUCUUCAGAAAUUCAACAUGCCAGUUCUAGUGAAACACCUGCUAAAAAAGACAAACCAAUCUUCAUUUCUUCUACUCCUUUAAAAACUGAUUUUGAAAAAUGUGCAGUAGAACCAAUUUUUACUCCUGUACAUAUUUUGGAUGAGUCAUUUGUAAGUUUGACACAAGAGGAUGAUCCAGAAGAUGUUGAUUACAGUCUAAGUGUUGACCAGGUAGAGUCUGAUUCAGACAAUUUUGAAAAUGACAUUUCAACAUGCUACACCGAAGAGCAGAAGUUAAUUAAAGAAAACAAAUUUAUUGUAUUUGAAAGUGCAAUUGACACUUUAAUCAACAAAUUAAAAUGCAACAUUUGUGAAUGUCCGGUUGAUCCAGAUGACAUUGUUAAAGACUUGUCCAAUGGAACUGUAAUAACCAUCACUGCCAAUUGUACCAGUGGACACAUAGUUGUAAAAUGGAGUUCACAACCAUUCCUUGGCAAGAUGCCAGUUGGAAAUUUAUUAGUUAGUGCUGCAACAUUAUUCUGUGGUCAAACAUACAGCCACAUAUCACAGUUUGCAGAAUUUUGUAACUUACAAUAUAUUUCACACACCACCUACAACAAAAUUCAAAGACAAUAUUUAAUGCCUGUUGUUCAACACACGUGGUCCUUACUGCAAGAAGUAGAGUUAAAGAAAAUCAAAGAACAAAAUCGCCAGAUACGGCUAGCAGGUGAUGGAAGGUGUGAUUCACCAGGUUUUAGUGCAAAGUAUUGCACUUAUUCUCUACUUGAUAUUGAAACCCAACGCAUUAUUACAUUUGUUGUUGUCAAGGUUACUGAAACUGGGUCAUCUUCAAAAAUGGAAGUUGAAGGUUUUCGAAGAUGCAUGACUCUUCUGCUUGACAUGGGGUUCAGGAUUGAGGUGUUAGCUACGGAUCGGCAUGUUCAGAUAAGAAGCAUCAUGAAGAAGGAAUUUCCGGAAGUGCAACAUCAGUUUGAUGUUUGGCACUUGUGCAAAUCGAUUAAAAAAAAGCUAACAUUGAAGGCUAAAGGGAAAGGUUGCGAAGAUUUAAACCAUUGGAUGAAAUCUAUUUGUAAUCAUUUGUGGUGGUGUUCCAGUAAUUGUGGUGGAGAUAAGGACAUUUUGGAAGAAAGCUGGAUUUCCAUUGUAAAUCAUACUGUUGAUAUACACUCUUUUGAGGGUAAAUUCUUCAAGCAAUGUGCUCACACACCAAUUGAACCUGAAGUGUCUGACACUAAAAAAUGGCUUGUAAAAGAUUCAAAAGCCCAUAAGGCAUUAAAGGAAGUAGUGUUGGACAAGCGUUUGAGAAAGGACAUUCGUCAGCUAAAUGAAUUUUGUCAUACAGGAAAUUUAGAAGUUUUUCACAGUCUGUUGCUGAAAUAUACACCAAAACGCCAGGAAUUCGAUAAUGAUCAAAUGUGGACACGUACUGCUUUGGCGGUAAUUGAUCAUAAUCUUAACCAAAAUCGUGGUCAAAAGGUCAACAAAGAUGGUGAAAAAGCAUACAAAUUGGUUUGUCCAAAGGCAACUGGGCAAUGGGUGGCAAAGCCAGUGUUUAAUAACAAAAAUUAUCAGUGGGUAUUUGCUAUGAUCGAAAACGUGUUGGUUCAAAAAGAAACAAUGACACUGCCAGUAAAGGAAAGGGCACAGGAAGGAAAUAUUGCUCCUUUGCCUGUUCCCUCAAAAUCUGCAUUGAUUCAGAAACAUUUUUCUCGAUUUGAAAAAUCCAGUUGAAUAUUUUUCUUGAUAUAAAUAUGAAACAACCAUU